GCGGUGCAGGAAAACUAGGCCUUUUAUUUGAGGCAGGCAUAAAAAGAGUUCUGCUGUUUUAUAUUAGAUCAGCAGCUUUAGUGUCGUAGAUGAUCGGAAUGAUGUCUACACAGAGGAUUGUGAAAUCUCUCAUUAUUCUGUCUUCAGUAAUUGUGUUGGUGGGAUCCACAACAGCUUGUGUUACGCGCCGAUGCCUGGCUGAGGAGUUCAUUAAAAAGAAACAGUACAGCGCUCCCCAACAUCCUGAGUGUAUUAUCAACGUGAACCUCACAUCCAUCCAGUACCAGACCCUCUCUGUUGACACCAAAGCUAUGCAGUUCUCUAGCCGGAUUAAAAUUACCAUGGAGUGGAAAGACCCAGACCUCACAUGGUCAGACUCUCAGUAUGAGUUUGAGGAACUUCUGUUGCCAUUUAAUAAAAUAUGGACUCCUGAUCUCACUGUGGCCAAUGCAGUAUAUGUGGAUGUGAAGCCUGUUUCUAGUGAUAUACUGGUGCAAAGUGACGGAACUGUGAACUACGCCAUUAUCAUGUACACCACGGUUGUGUGUAGGAUUAAUCUUUUAACCUAUCCGUUCGUUCAGGGUGCAUGUCCUGUGGCCAUUAACGGAUGGAACCAAAGCUCUUGCGGCCUGAAUCUCGAGUAUGGGUCAGUAUCCUCAGUGGGAAGUGGUCGAGGGGAAUGGCAGACCUUGUCGGUAGAACUUUAUGGGAACGAAGAUACACCCAACCGCAACUUUCUCCAAGUCACUAUGUCCAUCAACCCAUUUAAUGCAAUGGUGUCACUGGUCCUGCCCAGUGCACUCAUCAUGGUGGCUGACCUGGUGAGUUUUGCUCUGCCGCUGGAAGGGGGAAAACGCAGCUCCUUCAAAAUCACCCUGGUGCUCAGCUUCACCAUGUUUCUCCUCAUCCUCACCAGCCACCUUCCUGAUACUGGAGCCUGCAGCCCUCUAAUACGUUACCACUUCUGCUUCUGCCUGUUUGUUCUGGUGCUGAGCAUGCUGACGUCCAUGGUUUUCACAAAGCUGGCUACAGAUGGCAGCAUCCGACCUUUCAAACUCAAAGAGCUGCGUAAAUCAGGCAGGUUUAAAACUCAGUUAGGAUACCUCAACAUGAACGGUGCAGUAACAAAAUCUGCUGGCUUGACCAAGGAGGGAAAUUCUCUGGAGAAGAUUGUGAGUUUUGUGGAAAACAUUGACAAGAAGGAAAAGAAGAUAAAGAUGAGGCAGACCUUCGCAAACAAUUUGGACAAAAUCUGCUUCUGGAUAUACUUGAGCCUGGAUAUCAUUUACAGUGUAUGUGUAACCAUUUUGACCAGAACAGAAUACUGUAAGUUUAACAAUCUGGACUUCUGGGAAUAA